CCUAUCCAAGAGCAUUUAAUAUUUUUCCAAUUGGUUAGAUCAGUUAAGUCUGAUAAUUUACUCAUAUUUUGCUACUUGGCUAAAAAUCUAGGGUUUAUUCACAAAUUAUGCCUAUUUAUGGAAAUAAGGCCAGAACUGUUUCCUCUUUGUAAUCUUCUAUCCCAUCACUGAACCUGUUAUAGCGUAAGUCUUCACUAAAUGAUUGAUUGACUGGGACAUGCAUCAGAACCACAAUGGUGUAAGGAUUAGUUCAAAAGUUCCUUACUAAUAGAAAAUGAGAGGUUGACUAAGGAAAAUAAAUUUUUAAUAAUAAAAUAUCCUCUUCAUAUAUUACUUUUGAAGUGUUAUUUGAUAAGUUAGACCAAAUUUUUCAAGAUAGUACUGGCUUUCUUAGUUUUUUUUAGAUUCACAAACUUAACAUUUAAACAUUAUGAUUAUUAUUGACUAUUUGUAAAAUGAACUUAUUCUUAGUUAAGCAUGCUACUAAAAAUCAUUUCUAUCCUGUCUUCACGGCAUAUUAAAUGAUCAGAUUUUGGAAUAGUGAUUUGUGCUUAAAUCAUAAUUAGAACCCUACCCUUUAGGACUCGGUGGCUUAAAUAGACAAAAAAGAAAAUCAGCUCUGCAUUGAUCCUAUAAAAUUUUAAUCAAGCUGAGCUUCAAAAGGAAAGCUAGGGGCAACGAGGAUGGGUCUACAUAAAAAUGCGAAGGAAUGCACCUUUGAAAAAAUUUAACAUUUAUAUGACUCUAAAGAAUUAAUUUUUUUGGGGGGGGGGAUGGGGGUGAAGAGGACUUUUACAUUGACAAGACUAAUAAUCUGCCCUUCUGAGUGUAAUGCUGCCCCGUGCCCGCAGCCUCUGUAAUGUGAUCUCCCCCCUCGCUGAUUGGACAGGAAUUGUGCUUUCCUUGAGAGCAGCUCUAAAGCGUGGCUGCUCCAAGCCCCAACAGCAGUCUCCGUCUUUGCUGCCGCUGCUGCGAAUGGAGUGAUGGAGCCCAAACAAAGCUGCUGGACCGCCGGCUUUCUGCUGGCUCUGUGGGUCCUCCCGGCUCUGUCCUGCCCUAGCCGUUGUCUUUGCUUUAAGAGCACCAUCCGCUGCAUGCACUUGAUGCUGGAUCACAUCCCUAGGGUGCCACAGCAGACCACAGUCCUGGACUUGCGGUUUAACAGAAUACGAGAAAUUCCAUCUGGCUCCUUUAAGAAACUCAAGAAUUUGAACACCUUGCUUCUGAACAAUAACCAAAUCAGGAAGAUUUCCAGAAAUGCUUUUGAAGGGCUUGAAAACUUGCUGUAUCUGUACUUGUAUAAGAAUGAAAUCCACACAAUAGAUGCCCAAGCCUUUAAAGGGCUUAUAUCUUUGGAGCAGCUGUAUAUUCACUUCAACCAAAUAGAAACAUUUCAACCAGAAACCUUUGAAGACCUUCAGAAAUUGGAGAGAUUAUUUUUGCACAACAAUAAAUUGUCUAAAAUUCCAGCUGGGAGCUUUUCUAAUUUGAAUUCACUGAAGAGACUGCGCCUGGAUUCUAAUGCUCUGGUGUGUGACUGUGAUCUAACAUGGCUGGGACAGCUUUUAAAAGGCUAUGCUCAGAAUGGCCACAUUCUGGCAGCUGCAACCUGUGAAUAUCCUAGAACCCUUCAAGGAAGAUCAGUUACUUCCUUAACAGCUGAUGAAUUCAGCUGUGAGAGACCUCGAAUUACCUUUGAGCCCCAAGAUGUGGAUGUCACUUCAGGGAACACUGUCUACUUUACUUGCCGAGCAGAAGGAAAUCCCAAACCCAAGAUUAUUUGGCUUCAUAACAACCAUUCAUUGGACAUGAAAGAUAAUGCUCGAUUGAAUUUACUGGAAGAUGGAACACUCAUGAUCCUGAACACAAGAGAGUCGGACCAAGGUGUAUAUCAAUGUAUGGCCAAGAAUUCUGCUGGGGAAGUCAAGACACAGAAUGCCAUUCUCAGAUAUACCAGUCUUCCAACCAAGCCCAGUUUUGUAAUCCAACCUCAGGACACAGAGGUUCUCAUUGGCACCAGUGCAACUUUAGAAUGCAUGGCUACGGGGCAUCCCCAACCCCAUAUUAUUUGGACCAGGGGAAAAGAUGAGACUUUGGAUGAAUCCAAGUACAUCAUCACUUCUGGAGGAUUGUUUAUUCAGAAUAUCACAUUACAGGACCAUGGUCAGUUCACCUGUCAUGCCAGUAAUCCACAAGGUUCUAUUCAAUCAGUGGCAGCUAUUAUUGUGCAAGCUCCUCCACAGUUUACAGUAAUUCCCACGGAUGAAGCAGUGCUAGAAGGACAUACUGUAGAAUUUCCUUGUGAAGCUGAUGGCAAUCCAUCUCCCAUAAUUGCUUGGACUAAAGCAGGUGGGCAGCUCCCUCAGGAGGGCCAGCAUAUCCUUCUAUCUUCAGGUACCCUUCGCAUUACCCAUGUAGCAGAGCACGAUCAAGGCCAGUAUGAAUGUCAGGCUGUCAGUUCUUUGGGAGUGAAGAGAGUGAUUGUCCAUCUGACUGUACACCGCAAAGUACUUCCUGUGUUUACUCAGCUACCUCAGGAUACAAGUGUAGAGGUUGGAAAGAAUGUAAACAUUUCAUGUGGUGCUCAAGGAGAACCUCCACCCAUAAUUACUUGGAAUAAGGCAGGUGUCCAGAUUACUGAGAGUGGCAAAUUCCAAGUAAAUAAUGAAGGUACUCUUACUAUCAAGGAUGUUGGUCAAGCAGACCAAGGAAGAUAUGAAUGUGUGGCAAGGAAUCACUUUGGAUUUGCUACUACUAGCAUGCUUCUCACAACCAUUGCAAUACAGGGCAGACAAGCUGGUGAUAACUUUGUUGAAUCAUCCAUUCUUGAUGCCAUCCAGAGAGUUGACAAUGCAAUUAACUCCACAAGAAGAAAUCUAUUUUCACAAAGACCUCGAACUCCUAGUGACCUGCUGGCUCAGUUCCGUUAUCCACGGGACCCCUUUACCAUUGAAACUGCAAGAGCAGGAGAGAUUUUUGAGCAAACACUUCAGCUGAUCCAGGAGAACGUGAAGCAAGGGCUCACUGUUGAUUUAGAGGACCAAGAAUUUCGUUACAAUGACUUGGUGUCUCCACACUACCUCAGCCUCAUUGCCAACCUCUCUGGAUGUACAGCCCACAGACGCUCUCCAAAUUGCUCUGAUAUUUGUUUCCAUCAAAAGUAUAGAACCCAUGAUGGCACAUGUAACAACUUGCAGAACCCAAUGUGGGGAGCUUCUAUGACUGCUUUUGAACGUAUCCUAAAACCUGUAUAUGAAAAUGGCUUCAAUUUGCCCCGGGGUGUCAACUCAAAUUCUUUUUCCAAUAAGUAUCCAUUACCCCUACCCAGGAUUAUAUCCACAAAAAUGAUUGGAAGUGCAACCAUUACCCCUGAUGAUCGAUACACUCACAUGUUGAUGCAAUGGGGCCAAUUUUUAGACCAUGACUUAGAUCAAACAGUUCCUGCGUUGAGUAUGUCUCGUUUUUCUGAUGGUCGGUCAUGUAGCUCUGUGUGUACUAAUGACCCACCUUGUUUCCCCAUCCUUGUCCCCCAGAAUGAUGCUCGGGUGGCAAAUUCACAAUGUAUGUUUUUUGUCCGUUCCAGCCCAGUUUGUGGCAGUGGUAUGACCUCCUUGAUGAUGAGCUCAGUCUAUGCAAGAGAACAGAUUAACCAAUUAACAGCCUAUAUUGAUGCUUCUAAUGUUUAUGGAAGUUCUGACUGGGAAUCAGAAGAGCUUAGGGAUUUUACAAGUCAGAGAGGUCUGCUUAAGAAAGGGCUACUUAUUCCCUCUUCUGCAAAGCACUUACUGCCAUUUUCCACAGGCCCACCAACUGAAUGUACACGGGAUGAAAAUGAAAGCCUAAUUCCAUGUUUCCUUGCUGGGGACCAUAGAGCCAAUGAGCAACUUGCUCUAACAGCCAUGCAUACUUUGUGGUUCCGAGAACACAAUCGGAUAGCCACAGAAUUGUUUACACUGAACCCACACUGGGAUGGAGAUACAAUUUAUAAUGAAGCAAGGAAAAUUGUUGGUGCACAGAUGCAACAUAUCACAUACAGUCACUGGCUGCCCAAGAUUCUUGGAGAGCAUGGUAUGAAGAUGCUAGGUAAUUAUAAGGGGUACAACCCCAAUGUGAAUUCAGGAAUUAUUAAUUCUUUUGCUACAGCAGCAUUCAGAUUUGGCCACACAUUGAUCAAUUCUGUACUUUAUCGCUUGAAUGACACAUUUGGUGAAAUUCCUGAGGGUCAUCUUCCUCUCCACAAGGCCUUCUUCUCACCUUUCAGGAUAAUUCAGGAAGGUGGCAUUGAUCCACUUCUCCGUGGGCUCUUUGGUGCUGCUGGAAAAUUACGGGUGCCUUCUCAGCUUUUAAAUCUAGAACUGACGGAGAAACUGUUUUCUAUGGCACAUUCUGUGGCUUUGGAUUUAGCUGCCACUAAUAUCCAAAGGGGGCGUGACCAUGGAAUCCCACCAUAUAAUGACUUCAGGGUUUUCUGUAACUUAACUUCUGUUGAGAACUUUGAGGAUCUUCAUAAUGAAAUUAAAGACGCAAACAUUCGAGAGCAACUGAAAAAGCUCUAUGGUACUCCACUCAAUAUUGACCUUUGGCCUGCCUUAAUGGUAGAAGAUUUAAUCCCUGGUACAAGAGUAGGACCAACCCUGAUGUGCCUUUUUGUUACCCAGUUUCAACGACUAAGAGAUGGAGACAGGUUCUGGUAUGAAAACCCUGGAGUAUUCACACCAGCACAGGUCACUCAGCUGAAACAGGCUUCACUGGCACAUGUACUCUGUGAAAAUGGCGACAGUAUUCAGCAGGUCCAGACUGAUGUCUUCUUAAAGGCAGAAUAUCCUCAGGGAUACAUGAACUGUAAAGAGAUACCAAAGAUUGAUUUGAGAGUCUGGCAAGAUUGCUGUGAAGACUGUGGAACAAGAGGACAAUUCACACAAGAAUUUAGAAGAAAACGCUCACUUCGCUAUAGCUAUCCAGAAGAGAAGAAUGAAGACCUAACUGAUGUGAAUGAUAGGCACAAUGAAAAAUUGUCAAUGGAUAAAAAUGCAGAAAAUAUGACACAUUUGUCCAGUUCCAGUUUUCCUCAGGAUUUCAUUCAUUUUGCUGCAGAAGUUCAAGAAACCAUCAUAGCUCUCAGGAAGCAGAUAAACAAGCUGGAGGCUCGCCUGAGGCAGGAGGGAUGCAUGGAUGAUAACAGAAUUCAUCGAAGGGACAAUGAGCACUGGAUGAAAGAAGACUGCAUUAGCUGUAUCUGUAAGAAUGGUCAGGUGACAUGUACUGUUGAGACUUGCCAACCAGCAGAGUGCCUCAACCCACAAAUGGUGAAAGGAGUGUGCUGCUCUCUCUGCAUUGACAAUGAAAAACCAGAUGAUUUCCCAGGGGAACUUUAACAAACAUCUCCUUUUACUGGUGCUCAUAAAAGGAGGACUUGUCAUUUAUUUCUGAGCCAUGGGAUGACAACUUAUGCUCACAUUUUGACAUGAAAAUGCAUGCUGAUUUUAAUAAUACAGACUAAUUUAAGCCUUAAAAUACACUGAACAUAUUUUAUCAGUUCCCUAACUUUGCCUGAAAAAUGCAAAAGUAAAUAAGGUCAUAAAAACUGUAUUUAAAAACCUUCAUAAUACAGUUAAAUGUUCCCUAAACUGUGAUUACAAGUCACUAUUCUCAAAAUCUUAAAUGGAUGAUCCUAUAUUCUUUUCAUUUAUCAGAUUUAAAGUCAAAAGAAUUCUUUUUUUCUUAAACUUGUUAUGAGUGAAGAUAUCUGAUUUUUAAAGUUUAGAUACAUGUGGUCUCAGUGAGAUUGAAAGCCUAAUCUGAUGUGUUUCCUACUUAUUGCAAUUAGUGUUAUGAUCAUUUGGACAUGAUCUACAAUAUGACUUAGUUUCUCCUCAAAAUUCCAAAUUUCCUGGUAGAUAGCAGUAGCUCAAGAGUCUUAUUAGAUGAAUCUAAAAGAUUUUGAGUGAAGUCCAUGGAAGUUCAUAUCUCAAAAGCUCAAUGUAUUUAGAUGGAAAAAAAAUAGCUCUUUAUUUUCGCUAACUUCUGAUUUGAAAUAUUUUAUUUCCUUCAUUUAUAAAAAAUAGCAUAUUAUAAUUUUAGACAAUAAUUCAUUAUUUAGAGAGGGGGUUUAUUUACUUCAUUAGACUACCACAAGGGUCUAUGAUACCAAAAGGCUAAAAACCCCUGUUUUGGACUUAUAUUCUGUUAUUUCUUUAGUUUGUAAAUCUUUAGAUAUUGACAACCCAAUAAAAGAAUUAGAUUCUUUCAAAAUAAUGCAACGAAUGCUAAACAACACAUUAAGAAUUUGAGUACCUAUUCUGGGCAAGGCACCGUUAUAAAGUGGUUUGAAUGAGGCUAUGAAGAUGAAUAAAAUAUGAAUAAUGGAGAGCCAAAUAAUUACAGUCACCAUUAGGUCCAACCCUUUAUUUUACAGAUUAGCAAACUGAGGUACAGGGAAGUUAAGUGAUUUGUCCAAAGUCCCAAAGGUAGUGAUCAUCAUAGCUAAGGUUUGAACAUAGAGAUCUUCUCUCUCCAGAUCAGUAUCCUUUCUGAUAUAUAUAUAUAUAUAUAUAUAUAUAUAUAUAUAUAUAUGUGUGUGUGUGUGUGUGUGUGUGUGUGUGUGUGUGUGUGUGUGUUUAUAUAGCUAUAUCCCCUUUGGAAGGAGACUGAAUGGAGACUAAAUUAUAAUUUCAUUUAUAUGGGGAAAUUCUAGUUAAGGAAACUUCCUUUAUAAAUGGAAGCUGACACAUUCUUGGUAAUUUAUGAUCUUAGAGCUGCCUAUGGUACUAAGAAGCUCAAUAACUCACCCAGGAUCAUAUAGGCAAUAUGUGUCAAAGCCUGGACUUGAACUAAGUCUUCCUGGUUGGAAGGUCAUCUUUAUAUCCACUAUGCCAUGCUGUCUCACGAAGCAAUUGUUAUGUGAAUCCAGAGAAGAAAGAAUUUUCUACCAACUAGAUGAAAUUAAAAAAAAAAAUUCAUGGAGAAGUAGCAUUUAAGUUGGGCCUUAAAUUAUAAGAUAAAAUUUUUUAAAAAGCAAGAAUAGUGAAGCAGAAAGAACAAUCUUGAACAAAGGUACACAAAGGAAAGGGAAAAGGAAUUUUGUAUUAACAACUUUCAGGGAGCUAGAUAAUUGUGUAUUUCUCAGGAAAAAAAAAAAAAAAA